AUGGCCGAUAACCAGGCCCCAACCCCAGAGUCAUCCAGCCAGGGUCGCGGCAGUCGUCGCCGCGGCCGCGGAGGGGCAGCUUCCUCCGGCCGUGGAGAUUCGCAACACAAUGCCGGCGAUGGAGAAAGACGCCCUAAACCUCGCACCCGCGGCGGCGGUCGUGGCGGCGGCGGCGGCGGCGGCGAUGCAGGCCGACAAAAUCGCAAUACCGAUCAGACCAGCAACCACGAUACUCAGCCCUCGAAAGCCGCGACGCCAGCAACAAAGAAACCGGUAGAAGCGGCUGUAGACGAUGCAGAUGAUGGGGAAGUCUGUUUUAUUUGUGCCUCUGCUGUCGAACAUACCUCGGUGUCCCCCUGUAACCAUAGGACGUGUCAUAUUUGUGCGCUUCGGUUGCGGGCACUGUACAAGAACAAAGCCUGUGCUCAUUGCAGGACCGAAUCGAACUACGUAAUUUUCACAGAUGAUCCAGUGCGACGAUAUGAGGAGUUCGACAAGAAAGACUUUGCUCGUACGGAUGAGAACCUUGGGAUUGAAUACGGAAGCGAUGAGAUCUUCGAAGAUACAGUGCUGUUGCUGCGAUAUAACUGUCCGGACGAGGACUGCGAUGUGGCCUGUCUGGGAUGGCCAGACUUGCACCGCCAUGUAAAGAGCAAGCACAGCAAAGUUAUGUGUGAUCUUUGUACUCGUAACAAGAAGGUCUUUACUCAUGAGCAUGAACUAUUCACCAUGGCAGAAUUGCGUAAGCACGAAAAGUCUGGCGAUGACAAGCCUGGAGCUAUAGACCAGAGCGGCUUUAGGGGACAUCCAGAGUGUGGUUUCUGCCGUCAACGGUUCUAUGGGGACGACGAGCUGUACACCCACUGCCGCGAUAAACACGAACGUUGCCACAUCUGUGACCGACGCUCCUCCCAUCGUCAACAACAAUACUAUAUUGACUACAACGCACUAGAAAACCACUUCCAUAAGGAUCAUUUUGCUUGCCUGGAUAAGGAAUGUUUGGAAAAAAAGUUCGUUGUUUUCGAGUCGCAAAUGGACUUGAAGGCUCACCAACUCGAGGCACAUCCCGAAGGCCUUUCUAAGGACGUUCGGCGAGACGCGAGAAUGGUUGAUCUGGCCGAAUUCGAUAACAUGCGCACUCCUUACCAACAGCAACGCCAGCGUCGGGGUGCCGGCCGAGGCCGUGACCCCAACGCCGAGCCACUACCAGUCUCUAGUGCACAGCCAAUGACCCGUGCGGAAGUUGCAUACCAGCGACAGAUGGCUAUACAGAGUUCUCAGUCUAUCUCAACACGAAACUUUGGCGGCCAGCUGACUCGAGAUGACGUCCAACCCGUGCGUGCUCCAGAGCGAUCCGCCGCUGCCACUCCAGUACGGUCUGCCCCCGCUCCACGCUCUCAGCCUCUCCCUACUGCAGCAUUUGAAGGUCUGAAUAUUUCUGCCAACUCUGCGCCAGCCACUGCGCAAGACCAGACCAGGAGAAUGCGCCAUGAGGCUGUGAUUGAACGUGCUUCUAAUCUUCUCCACAAUGAUCCCACCAAACUCGCCGAAUUCCGCAGCAGAGUAUCAAGCUACCGCGCCUCUUCCAUCUCCGCCAACGAGCUCAUUGAUGCAUUCUUCUCGUUGUUUGACACAUCCAGCACAGAACUGGGAAAGCUCAUCAAGGAGCUCGCUGAGAUCUACGAGGACGAGUCCAAGCGCUCUGGUCUCCUGCGAGCCUGGAAUGACUGGCGUGCCAUCAACGAGGAUUACCCAGCCCUUCCAGCCGGUGGUCUCCUACCUGGAAUGUCACCAGGGAACACUGGUGGCAAACGCGUCUUACGCUUGAAAUCAUCAACAGCUAAAUCCUCUCGUUCCGUCGUGGGCAGAAGCGGCGCCCUCCCAAACGCCCCCUCCAACCCCUUCCCUCCUCUCUCUGCUGCAGCCGGCCCUUCUCGCCGUGGAAAAACACCCGCUACCCCUUGGGCAACAGCAGCCCCACCGCCAUCUUUCUCCCGUCCUGCGAUGCCUAGCCCGGUCAGCCGCCCAUCGUCUGCAGCACCGUCUUCCAGUCGCACGCCUGCCACCCCCGCCCCCAGCGGUGCUGAUUCCUUCCCCGCUCUCCCUGCAGCGGCCAAGCCCAAUGUUCUCAUGGCUGGCAAGACUCGUGGUACCGUCCGUUGGAAUGAUAACCGCGGCCCUGCCCCGAACGCAUGGGGUUCAAACCCUAGUUCUGGAACUGCCUCUCCAGCUGAACCCAGCAAUGACGACUCAAGUAGCGGCAAGAAAGGAAAGAAGAACAAGGGAAAGCAAACCCUGUUCCACUUCGGUUAA